AUGACUUUAUUAUCAUUAUCAUCAUUAACAACAAUCAAUAUAGUUCAAGGUUUUCCCGCAUCAUCAUCAUCAUUAUAUUCAUCUACUGAUUCAGGUGUAAAUAUUCUUUAUACAACAAAUAUUACAGAUUUUAUUGUUAAUCGUCAUCAAGAUGGACGUAAAAUUCAAUUUAUACAAUUUUUUAAUACAUAUUGUGGUCAUUGUCAAGCAUUUGCACCAUUAUUUAAACAAUUUUUACGUUCCACCAUUAAUCGUUGGUCCAGUGUUGUUGAUUUUGCCGUUUUAGAUUGUGCAAAUGAUUUGAAUAUUGAUGCAUGUAAACAUUAUAAUAUUGCAUUGUAUCCAACAUUACGAACAUUUUGGCUACGGCCAUCAUUAACCGAUUUGGGACAGGAUUUUCCCUUAAAUCAUUGGACCACGCCAUCAGACUUGAGGCUUAGUUUUAUUAAAUGGCUUUCUGAACAAUAUUUAAAACGUGAUAAACAAGAAAUUCCUCAACAUUGGCCAAAUUUUCUACCAUUAAAAGUCGAUAAUAAACAUGAAUUGUUUCGAAAACUUGAUCUUGAUAAUAAUCAUCAGUCUGUAUUGAUUAUUGUUGAAAAAAGUAAUUCAUUUUUUGGCCGUGAGUUAAUGAUGAAUUUCUCUUCAUAUACAAAUGAAUUACGUAUUUAUCGUAUGGAAGAAUCUGCAGAUAAUAAACAUUUAUUACAAUUAUCUAAUGAUGAUCCAAAUCAAUUGGAAGCAUUGAAAAAAUUGACAUUACCAUUUUUAUAUGUUAUUACACCGGAUGAUCGACAAAUUAAAGUAAUACCAAAACCAAUAAUGUCCGAAGAAGAUGAUGGUCAAUAUAUGACACGUUUGAUUGCAAAGGAUUUUAUCAAAAAUUAUAAUGAAGAUUUAAAUUCAAUGUGGAUAGCGAAUCAAGCAAAAACAAAAGAUGUAUCUUCAACUCCGGCCAAAUAUUCAACAAGAAUUUACAUGUCUGAUCUACAUAAUGCAAUUCGUUUUGCAUUAUUUCAUGAAGUACCAUUAAAACAAUAUCUAAAUCAAGAACAAACCAAUAGCCUGAUUCGUUUAUUGAACGUUCUUUAUGAAAGUUUCCGAUUUCAAAAUGUAAAAACCAAACAAUUUAUCAAACAUUUUCAUGAUUGGCUUGUGAAACAUUCAAAUCGUAAUGCAAGAUUAUCAUCACGAAAAUCAUCACUGAAUAAUGAUAUGGUUAUCGAUACAAAAGAUAUGUUGACCACCAUGAAUAUGUAUGAAGAAUAUUAUCAUUUUCCUGAACAAAAACCAUGGAAAGCUUGUUCAGUGAUUUCUGUUGAAUAUCAACGAUCAUAUCCAUGUUCAUUAUGGACAUUAUUUCAUGUAUUAACCGUUGCUGAAUAUCGUCGUACAUUGCAAACAAGACAAUGGUUAUCAUUACAUCCAACAUUGUAUGCAAUGCGUGAAUAUAUCAGAAAUUUUUUCGGUUGUACUGAAUGUUCAAUGCAUUUUACACAAAUGUCCAAAUCAUUGGAAAAUGAAUUAACAUAUCCAAAUUCAUCGGUAUUAUGGCUAUGGCGUGCACAUAAUCGUGUUAAUGCAAGAUUAAAAGGAUCAAAAUCUGAAGAUCCACGGCUACCUAAACGUCAAUUUCCAACAUUCAAUGAAUGUCCCGAAUGUUAUCGAAAACAGCCAUCAACAGAAAAAGAUUCUUCAAUCUGGAAAAAUGCAACAACAUAUCUUGAAUAUUAUGAUGAAACAAAAAUAUUACCAUUUCUAGUCAAUUUUUAUGCAGCUGAAAGAAUCGUAUUGGAUGAUACAGAAUUCUCUGAUGAUAAUGAUCAACAACCACAACAACUGGAUCAUCCAAUAAUCAUUACUGAUAAUGAUGAUACGAAUGUUGUUGCUAAUCAUGCAACAAAACCACGUAGUAAGAUACUCAUGCUUGUUUCAAGUCCAUUCACACAAACAGAUAUAAAUCUUAUAUUUGUAUUUUAUGUUGUUUCAAUAUUGUUAUUAUUAUCAAUUUUUGGUUAUGUACGUUCAAGACGUAAUAUUUUUCACAAAGUUUUCAAUCUAAAUGGUAAACAGAGAGUUUAUUGAAAGAAUUGAAUCGCUUCACGAACAAAACAAAACAAAAAAAAUUACCACCAACAAACAAAUAUGUGAUCCUUCUA